AUGGAGGACGUGCUCAUGGGCAUAGCAUUCGCCCCCGUUCAUGAAGAAAAUGAUGUUGUGAACUAUGAUCAGCCCCCAAUUUUCGAUGAGGAAGAACAAGUGAUUGUCAAUGACAACGAUACAGAUGCAUAUGUGGCUUCACAAGACGUUGAAGUUGGUGAUGAGAAUAGGGAAGAGAUGGAUGCUCAAGACAACACCAUACUUGUUGAGAGAAAUGAGAAGCGAGCUCAGCGGCGUGGGCGAGCGUGGCGGCGGACGGGCGAGUGCUGUGGGCUAGCGCGUCGGCCAGCAGGCGAGCAGCUGUGGUGGACCAAUGAGCUCAGCAGCGUGGGCGAGUACGGCGGCGAAUGGGCCAGUGCAUCGUUCGGCGGGCGAGCAUCUGUGGCGGACCAGCGAGCUCAGUGGUGGACAGGUGAGCGCUCGGCGGCCGACAGGCCGCAUUCCAUCCACACCGCAAUCACACACCUCUCCUCCGGUAGAUCGAUCGAUCGUUCGUCGAGUAGGCGGUCGAUGACGACUACAGCAGCGGAGGUGACCGUGUCCACCGCCGUGGCCACGGCGGCCGCCACCAAGUGCCACAUGUUCAAGAUCGAGGGCUACAAGCGGAUCAAGGCCAUGUACGGCACCGGCAAGAGCAUCGACUCUUGCCGGUUCGAGGCGGCGGGUCGCACCUGGAGGAUCCACUUCUACCCCGACGGGGACAACAGGGAGAACGCGGGCCACGCCUCCCUCUUCCUCAAGCUCGACGACGACGACGACGACGACGACGCCGGCGGCAACGGCAAGCGCGACGACAAGGUCCUGGUCGAGUUCAAGUUCUCCCUGGUGUGCCACCGCAACGGCGGGUGGCCGGUCGCGGCCGGGGACCAGCCGCAGAGCGGGACCCUGACGGCCACCUUCUUCAGCAACAAGCAGGGCAACAGCAAGGCCCUGGGCUACUCCCAGUUCAUGAAGCGCAGGGACCUGGAGCAGUCGAGGUUCCUCAGGGACGACUGCCUCGCCAUCCGCUGCGACAUGGCCGUCCUCGACAGCCCCGUCGACGUCAAGGAGCAGGCCGCGCAGGCGCACGACCUGCAGAGGCUCGGGGUCGCCUGCGACUGCAAGGACGACGCGUGCAAGAGCUAUCACCUCAGGAACUCAUCCUUCGCCUUCAAGCUCAGGGAGGCGCUCCUCAAGUUGUUCUUGGGCUGUUUCCACGUCUGAGUCUGAAUGGAUCAUGAGUCGUUCCUCGUCUGAAUCCGAUCGUAUUUUUAUUAAAUUAUUAUUGUGUUUCGACAACCACUAUUUCGAGUAUUUCAUUUAGACAAGUAGUACUGUUCCCCAAUUUUAAUUUAUUCAGGUCGAUCAGGGUGCUAGUUUGUUUAUGUAUACAUUCCCCAAGAUUAUUAGUGAAUAAACUGAAUCCUAGUUUUCAAUGA